UCAAAAGCCCAAUUUCAGGCCCAUUAUCAAAACAAGAUUUUCAACCUUUCGUCCUCAUUUUUUUCCCCGGCAAACGAAAAUGUUACAGCUCUCUGGUCUCUCCCUCCCACCAAUCCCAUUCCCACUCCCUUCAAAUUCAACCUCAAUACGUCUAUCUACUCCCGCCCGACAACAUACCCACCUCAAUUCCUACUUUUCUUCUCCCCUCCUCAAAACUCAAAUCCCCAAACGACCCAUCAGAUUCAUAGCCCUCGCAAACAACAACAAGAACGACAAUAAUUUGAAGCAGGAGAAGGAAGAGGAGAAAGAGAACGAACAAGGAAUUGGGUCCAACGGCGAUGACUCGGAGAAGAAUCAGGGGUCUAUAUUCAGCAACAUCAGAUGGGGCGAUCUGCUGCUGGACCCAGAUCCUAAUAAUAUCGUGGCUGUCGGAUUGACAGGGCUGCUGACAUGGGCGAGUGUGCAGGUUCUAUGGCAGCUCUUGUUUAUCUCUUUGGCUAUACUUAUUGCUGCUGUUAAGUAUUCCUUCAUUGCCGCUGUUCUUCUUUUCAUUCUCAUUACCCUUCUUUGAAGUAACCCUUUGUUUAGUUUGACCUUAAACUUGUAAUACAGAAGUUCUUUAUAUGCAUCUUUGUUUUUUA